CCAGCCGCCACGCCAAUACAUAAGCCGAGUUAUACAAAAUUACACGUUCAGCAAUAUUCUUCUUAACUUGCAAUUCGCCAAUUGAAUCUUUCCCAUCUUAUUUUACCUCGCCUCGCCUCACCUUACCUUACCUCAUCUCAUAGCAUCAACUUUAUAACUUUCAAUUUCUAGAAAUCUUAGGUACUCUUAACUUUCUAACUACAUCAAACCAAAUACUCCACUGCAUAUAAAUAUCCACAAUUCAUACCUACCUCCUGAGGAUAUCAAUCAGUCCACCUCCCGUAGGAUUCAACAAUCCCACAACCCCUCACGAUGCAGCUCAAGCGCAAGCGUUCCGAGUCCGAGCUCUCCAGCUCCUCGAGCGCCUUCGGCUCGCCGUCCCGGCCAGAGCAAUUGUCCAUGAUGGAAAUGGACAGCAUCGCCAACGUCUCGCCUAUCCGCCAGACGUCGCGGAGCUCAACUCCUUCCCACCUACACAGCCGCACCAUGAAGCGGUUUCGCAACAGCCGUCCCUCGGAUGAAGAAAUCCACGAGCGAACUUUAAACAUGUUAUACACAGCCCAGAAGCAGCACUUCUCCCACCAGCAAACCCACCCGUUCGCCAGCCUCCCUACACAUCGCCAGCCUCACCCCGCGCAGAUGCCCUCACAGGGAGCUCAAGCGUCGCUGCACGACUUAUGGAAACUCCCCCACGUGGCGCCUACAUCAAAUACCUCGGUCCCGCCGCCCGUGGAUCGUCUGGUGUACGACAGCCCGACCAAUUGCGACGACUGCGGCGAGACGCUCCGGGAGGGCGCGGGCGAGGACUCGAUGGACCUGGACGGCUUCGGCUCGGACGUCGACGCGGGCUGCGCGGGCUGCGGCAAGCACGUCUGCUCGCACUGCUCCAUCACCAACCUCGGCGAGCAGCGGAAGUGCCUGAUAUGUGCCGGGAGGAAAGUAUGGGUUGGCGGCUUGGGGUGGACAGGUGUCUCGGGCAUCAAGGUGUGCUGAGGAAUGGUUUGUUUCAUUCUGGCUGCAUGUGAGCUUCGGGUUAUGCCCUCGGCUAGGUACGUACAGAAGCGUUGGAGUUUGGGCAAGCAUCUUACCGCUAGGCUAUGGGUUUGAGUAUGGGGUUAAAGCACACUUUGCAGGCGUCGCAAAAGCAGACGACAUUGUCGCCAGACAUAGGUUCGUAGCUCUUAUCAUUUGGUCUUUGGGAUUCCUUCAAGAGUUCAGCAAUGGAAAAGAAAAAUCAUAAAUAAUAAAACUAUUAUAGUGGUCUAGAUUGUCUUUAUCUAUAUGCUUUGCUCGCUGUGAAAA